UGUGGCUCCCCUCUCUGAGGAGUUCCGGGAAUCUUCAUGACUACCUGGACAGUCACGAUCCAGUGAGACGAGCCGGAGAGCUGCUUUCCAGUGCUGAGGACCCCUGAGAGUCCACUUUUCCUGUUGCUGCCAUGGGCUUCAGGGCGGUGCUGCUGUCCUUCCUCCUGGUGUCGCUGAGCUGGUCCAGAGGGGCGGUCAUCACAGGGGCCUGUGAAAGAGACAUGCAGUGUGGCUUUGGCCUCUGCUGCGCCGUCAGUCUGUGGCUGAGGGGCCUGAGAAUGUGUGUGCCAAGAGGCGUGGAGGGGGACGAAUGCCACCCCUUCAGUCACAAGGUGCCCUACCUGGGGAAAAGGCAGCACCACACCUGCCCCUGUCUCCCCCACCUGGUGUGCACCAGCUACUCUGACAGCAAGUACAGAUGCACUGACGACUUCAAGAACAUGGACUUUUAACAGGCGCCCGGUCGGAUGAAAGCUGAGAUGAGGCCUGUGGACAGGCUGUGGCUGACACAGGUUUACUCUUUGUUGUUCUCCAUGUGUGUAUUCGAUGCACUGUGAUACAUGGUUUGUAUUCUAUCAAUGCACACAAUAAGACAGUGUUAACUGUAAACAACAGCCACCAUCCACAUCACACAAUUUUUACCUGAUUGUUUCAGGUAAUAAUCUCCUCUGGAAAUCCUGUGAACCUUUGCUCCUCUAUUAUGAUGCUCAUAUGUUAAUUUAUUAAAGACAACUGUAUAAAUCUCAUUGUCAAUAAAUGCAGACAGACUACGUUGAUGUGUGCUA